UUCUCCAGCUGCUGCACUUCAGCCUGAGACUGCUGAACAAGGUAACAUCUCCUACUCUUGGUCGUGGUGGGAGUUCUUCUUGUGCGCCAACUACAUCAUCGGCAGCUGCGGGAACAUCAUCAAUUUUCGAUUCCGAGGAACAGACAGAACUUGGUGGUGAUGCUGAAGCUGGUUCGGCUUGUUCCAGUAGUUCUCCUGCUGCUGGCGACGUAGAUAUAGAUGUACAACUUGUAGCCGCUCAAGAACAACUUCAUGCAAAUCUAGUACUCCACGAGCAGCGCACUAAACUUGACGAAUUUCGUUUCUUCGCCGAACGCGUGUGCAGUCUGCUCACCAGCGCGGAUCAGGUGACGUUUCUGCACGGCUCGCUCGAAGGCGACGCGGCCCUGGUGAUCCUGGACUGGCUGGUCCGCGCCGCGGAUUUGGGGUAUGAGGUUUAUUCCGACCAGACAGGGCUGGCCCAGGUACUCCUCGCACGGAUUGAGGAGGAUUUCUUUUCCUCGGAAGUCAAGCCGGUCAAUGUGGUGUGUCGAAAGCUCUACGUGCAUCGCAAUAGUACUAGUGCCAGGCGAAGUAGUAGCUCAUCAUCGAUAGGAGCUGCACCUUCAGAACUGCAGCAACCCGCUUCUCUUCUAACGGUGUCCGACAUCGUCAACUAUCACUUGCCGGUGGCGCACAAGGUAAAGCUGAUUACUUUUGGUAGAAACACGACCGCACGUCGACCAUAUAAAAAUCCCGGAGAAGAUGUUGAGCAGGGCCUAUCAGGCAAUAAUAAGUCCCUCGACGCUUUGAAGCAGGAGGUGGCGCAGCAGUGGCGAAAUCUGGAUCCCGUGGACAUGGAACAGUGGGAAAAGGAACGCUUCGAAAAGUGCGAGGAGAAGGUCCCGCGCAUGCGAUUCGUCCAAGCCUUGGAUCGGGCAAAAAUGCCACCGGGGCGAAAGCUGCAGAUGCAUUUGAGUCUGCAACUGUUCGAGCUUGCGACGAGCAAAGCGGAUCUCGGUCUGAAGGAAAUUUUGCAGGUACACAUUUAUUGGAUACGGACGUUUUUUUUUGUUGCGUUUCCGCAAACAGCAGUCUUACCGCCCUGGUGGUCUUGACUUUUCUUGAUACUACUUUUCAUUUUUGAUCUAGAUGGUGGAAGACCAGAAGCAAAAGCAGCACCAGCAGAGGCUGCUCAGGCACGAUGAAAAUGCGCAUGUCCUCGACCUCUUCCGCCAUGAAAAUACGACAAAACGAUCAGAUAUCCUAUCCCUUUUCCCUGCUUGAGCGGGUCCAGCGUGGCGACGUCCAGCUGGAUUUGAAAGAAGCGCUUUGCAGCCAGCUUCUGGACCGGAAAACCGAGUCGCUGCUUCCCUACACGCUUGGCUUCUCUACUACGUUUUCCGACGUCCGCUGCGGGUCCGCGUUUCGCUUGUGGCACCGGAAACUGCUACCCGCUGCGCUGAAAAUUUUGCAACUGUCAAAUCCCUGGGUCUUGCUGGCAACGCAGGAGGGGUUUGGGAAACAUCAAAUAACCCUCGAGUUGGUGGAACAGUAUGAAAGAAUGAGAACGAAGGUCGUAAGCAGGGAGAUGUUGCCCUUGAUGAAAAAAACAGGUCAACAAGGUACUGUCAUCUCACCCGCCAUAGCGCAGGAGUUGCAGGCCGAUGAGCAUUUCUUAACCAGAACAUUGCCGUCCAAGAUCGACGCUUGGCGGAGUGCUUCUACAGCAGGCAGUACAACUUCUACCGCCCUUUUGUACCGCGUUCCGGAGCUCACAAGCCUUCUGCACCUUUGCCGUACUAGUCGCGAAGUAGGCAACCUCUCAACGAAACUUGUCGCUCUUUUUCUGAGACAAUUUCCCGAUGGGGGCGAAGAACUCAGGGACUUCAAGCGGAAUGGCGCCACACCGCUCCAGCUCGCGCAGCUUCUUGAUGAGUUGGCACUCAUGUUGUUUUCGGCUAAGGCGAACGGAAGUAGUGUGAAGACAAAAAAUAGUUCUACCGAAAAGAACGUCGAAACAACCACAAAGCAACAUCCGGGUCGUGAACAGCAACCAUUGCAGGAGCAGCCUGGUUGUCUUGACAUCGUCACGUCAGCUAUGAAACUGGUUUGCGACGCCCUCUCGCCGCAGGACGGGAGAAAUUUCAAAAAGACCGCCUCGACAACCACCACGUCGAGAUCCGACACGAAAAGGACGCGAACCACAAGGCAAAUACAGUCACUCUGGUCACUCGGCGCGCACGAGACUGACAGCUUUUCUGCCAAGGACUUUGCUGGGGUUGACUACUGGUGCUCCGAUGUUGAACCCACCACCUCCGAACAAACUCGUCCUGUAGGGCGUCGCGGAUCAAGCGAAGAUCUUGAUCACCACACGACUUCUACACCGCCAACAGUUGUUCCUUUCCCCUGGCAGUUUCGUUCCUUUGCCCGUCGCCACGCCAAACUGGUUUCCACGUUUUGCAGAACCCCGUUUGUCGAGCUGGACCCGGAAGUGUAUUCCUGUCUCGCGCAUCCGCUGUGGAUUUUCGUUCAGGGGUUUCUGCUGGCAAGAACAGCUCCUCGGCGGUCAUCUGCAUCUGCACACCAGCAGACACCGAACCUUUACCACGAGAAGGAGCCCCCGCCCCUGCUCACCGUUCAAGAGGUUGCGGAGCUUUACGAUGCCAUGUCGGGGAACGUGGCGGACGUGGCACUAUUUUCCGCGUUGGGAAAACUUUUUGUACGGGAUUUUGUGCAACUUCUGAACGAUCAAGAAGUUGUUCCAAAUAGCUCGCCACAAAAACAUCUUCCGCGACUUCGCCCCGUUUUGUUCACACCCGCGGAACUGUGUGUUGUCGCACACGGUUAUCCAGGAGAGAACACCUAUCCUCAUCCAUUUUCUGCAUGACAAACGCUGGACUUUAUGCAGGUUUUACAUGACAUACCAAACGAAAAAAUGGGCCACAGCCAAAAUUUCAAAAUCUUUUUUUCCCGAUUGAGGUGGCCGAUGUGAGUUCUCAAGACGGAGCACUUCUGCCACUGCGUAUUUUCCCUGGCCGGGGCGAGGAUCACGGGUAGGUGGGCCUGCAGAUGGCCUCCACCUUCGACGUCGCACCACGGGAAUAUCGGCGACCUAUUGAAGGCAAGUGCCCUCCAUCUGACCUGCCUGGUGGCAAGACUAUUGAUGGCUUCUCGGUCGGAACUCCAGGAGAGGCAUCUGGGCACCACUGAAGGCACCCCCCUUAACGGGGUGCUUUCAGGGGGUGCCCUUCGUUGCUGUGGCCGAUUUUUCGGAAACGGCCAUACCAUCGGUGGAAGGGGUUUCCGAAAAAUCGGCCACAGCAGCGCAAGGCCGUCAAUUUCGUGGCACCCCUCUGCCCUGUGGCCGAUUUUUCGGAAGUGGGCGGCUUCUGCAGGACAAAUGUCGAGAAUCAGCUCGCAUGGCCCCCCCGCCGGCGCGGCUUUUCCCAGCCCGGCAGCGCCAUAGCCCAACGCCCCGUCUGGCCGAGGGUUGCAGAGGAUAGCGCAGAGCCGCUUUGGCCGCGGCCUGCCAACGAUUGCCGCCUACUGAUAUGCGCCAUUUCCGCCGCGGGAAUCCGUCGUCCCCGGGCCUGCGGGCCGGCCCGUCCGGGAAAAAUUUUGAAAAUUUGGCUGUGGCCCAUUUUUUCGUUUGGUAUGACAAAUUGGAUGGGGAUGGAUCUUUUUUCUGUGGAUAAAGGUCUGGCUGACGGAAUUCAGUUACUGGAAAUCGAAAUCGAAACUGCUCCACCAAGGACCACGGUGGGAACGGCCAAGAAUGCUGAAGCGGCAUAUGAAAAUGAUCCACGUCAUCAACUGCAACGUCAAAGAGCAGCCGACCAAGCUGAGCUUCGACAAGGUCUCCAGAGCGUCUGGCAUGCGUUGAAAAAUCACGUACCAGCGCUGGCGCCGUCUGACCGCUUGUUGUUGAUCAAUGCUAUCGUGAAAACCGGUGAGUUGUCAGACGACUCGGAGUAUCCUGUGCAAAAGUAUCGUACUCGUAGUAAUCGCAAACAUGCAUUACAAAUCUUGCUCUUAAGCUAAAUCCGCAUUUACAAAUUUAUUUAUUUCUCAUGCUGAGGAAAUUUGUAUUUGUAAUGCAUUUAUACGAGUAGGAGUACUUUUGCAAUGCAUACGGAGUUCAGGCACACGAUUGAAACCCAUGUUGUGAAUGAAAAGGAACAGGAUAUCAUUCAGGCAGUUGGGGCGCUUUGAGGAGUUCGUUGUGGGCUCUUUCAUAGAUUUGUCACGAGUAAGAAGGACGUCGAGAAACAAGAAUGACAUAAACUGAAAUGCCACGACGUGAGAACAGAACUUAGACAACUAAAAGCUUGUACUUCUCAAGUAUCCGACCGAGCUUUUUUAUUGUGCACUGGAUGUAAGCAGUUCACUAUCACUCCUGAUUGGC